UCUACACAAUUUAUUGGUUCAAUUCUCACUAGCCAAACAAACUUUUAUAUCAUGUCUCUUCUAACCACAAAUGUUCUUACAUUGGCAAGUGAACGGAAAAUAUAUCCAUUGUUACAAAAACCUUAUAAGUCCGCACGAUGUGAGAGAAUUGAUACAAUUCCUUGGGAUGAACCGGAAAAGGCAAGAGAAAGAAGAAGCAAAGUUCUUGAAAAAGCCAAACUAUCGGUUUCAUCUAAUGAUACGGCAUGGGUGGCUGUGGCCCCUUCUAAAGAAUCAAAGGAGAAGCCAUUAUUUCCAAAAUGUUUGGAAUGGGUUAUGGAAAAUCAGCAGCAUAAUGGAUCAUGGUGCCGUUAUCCAUACCACCCAUUGCUUUUUAAAGAUUAUCUCUCUACUACUUUGGCUUGUGUUCUAGCUCUUCACAAAUGGAAUCUUGGCCCUUCACUCAUCAAAAAAGGUUUAGAAUUUAUUGAGAGUAAUUGCCGGGCUGCUAUUGAUGAGAGACAACUACCACUAUUUGGGUUUGAUAUUACAUUUCCUCAAAUGAUAGAACGUGCAAUUGAAAAUGGUUUAGAACUUCAUUUACCUCAUGAGGUACUUGAUGUAUUGUUACAUAAUAGAAAAAAAGAAAUAAUAAGAUGUGAAUUGGAAGGAAGCAAACCUCAUCAAGCAUACAUAGCAGAAGAAAAUAAAUAUAAAUGGGAAGAGAUAAUUAAAUAUCAAAGAAAUAAUAUGUCAUUUUGCAAUUCACCAACAGCAAUUGCAGGUGCUUUAUUUUACAACCAUAAUGAACAAUCUUAUGAUUACUUGACCUCCCUCUUACAACAUUCUGAAACUACAGUUUCGGAAAUGUAUCCCUUGGAAAUCUAUGGCCAGCUUUGUGUAGUAGAUAAUCUCCAGAAAUUAGGAAUUGACGACAGAUAUUGCAGAGCUGAAAUAGAUAAUGUUUUGGAUAAUAUAUACAGUUUAUGGAUGCAGAGAGAUGAAGAGAUAUAUUUAGAUGUCAGAUGUUGCGCUUUGGGAUUUCGUCUACUGCGAUUAAAUGGAUAUGAUGUUUCUUCUGAUGCACUAGCAAAAAUUUCGGAAGAAAAAUAUUUUUUCAAUUUUGUGAGUCCACAAUUCAGAGGUACAAGUACAAUUUUAGAAUUGUUCAAGGCCUCAAAGCUGAUGAUAUACGAAAAUGAACAUGUUCUUGAAAAGUUAGAAGUUUGGACAAGCUCUUUCUUGAAACAACAACUACUCACUUGUGCUGUUAAAGAUCUUAAACUCCGUGAAGAGGUUGGUCGUGCUCUAAGAUAUAAUUAUGAUAAUUUGGAUUUUGUUGAGAUGAGGUGGGAAAUACAACAACAAAAAGAAAAUAAUGUUCAACUUCUAAAAACAUCUUAUAGAGAUUUAUUGGUGCUGGCAAUUCAAGAAUAUAACAUAUGUCAAACGUUAUAUCAAAAAGAAUACAAAAAUCUUGAGAGAUGGGUUAAGAUUUGCAGAUUUGAUGAACUGAAAUUUGCAAGGGUUAAACUACAUUUUUCCUAUUUCCUCAACACUGCAGUUCUUAUUGAGCCUGAAUUGGCAGAUGCUCGACUAUCGUUCACUAAAAAUUGUAUUUUAGCUACUGUAGUCGAUGACUUCUUUGACAUUGAUGGUUCGAAGGAAGAAUUGGAAAACCUAGUUCAGUUAGUUGAAAGGUGGGGGGAAACUUCAACCAUUGAAUACAUUUCAGAGAAAGUUGAAAUCAUUUUUUCAGCUCUUGCAGACAUGAUAAAAGAGCUUGACGACAUUGCUUUCAAACAUCAUGGAAGAAGUAUUGAGCAUCAUUUGGUCCAAAUAUGGCAAGAAUUAGUCAAAUCUAUGAUGAAAGAAGCUGAAUGGGCUCGAGAAAAUGUAAAACCAUCGCUAAAUGAAUACAUGGAACAUGGAUGCAUUUCUUUAGCCUUAGGACCACUUUGUCACAUAACAACAUAUUUUCUUGGGAUAACAUUACCUGAGGAAGUAAUGGCAGGGCCACAAAUAUGUAAUUUGUUAAAGCAUGUCAAUUUGGUAGGACGACUUCUCAAUGAUAUGAUGUCUUUCAAGAGAGAGCGCGAACAAGGCAAACAUAAUAGUGUAUCGUUACGGAUACUUCAUAGUGAAGGGAGUAUGACGGAGGAAGAAGCUAUUAAAGCCACACAAAAAGAAAUUGACAGAUAUAGAAAAGAAUUACUACAAUUGGUUUUGCAAAACAAAGAGAGUUUGCUUCCAAAACCGUUAAGGGACUACUUCUGGAAGACCAGCAAAAUGAUGCAUUAUGUCUACAAGGAUAAUGAUGGCUAUUCAAAUACAAAAAAUGAAAUGGCGAAUGAUGCAAAACUUUUAUUAUGGGAACCACUUUCUCUUUCUUAAUCUAGUACUCGGUUAACUAAGGGUUAGAUCACUUGUGUUAAAGAAAUAAUACUGAUUGUGUUUUACUUCUUACAUAACUUUACAAUUCAUACUUUUAACUAGUUAUUACAUAUUUAUUUAGGAAAAAUACAUUUUUCUAUCUAAA